CCCCACAACGGUCACUUGCGUUCAUCUUUUUUCGUCAUCCACCAGUUGUCUCCAUCCCCUUCGUUUUUCCAUACGCCAUCUACAGCUGGGAGCUUACUUUUCCAAGAAUUCCUCUUCCCUACGCACUGCAUCUUUGACCACCGAACUUCCAGGCUGGUUUCUAGUCCACAGAGGCUAAUUUUUCCGUGAACGUCGCCAUAUUCAGGUCAUCGUUUCCUUUGUAGCCAAGCUUUGAAGCGACUGAGAGGGCAAAGAGAGAAGAAGAAGAAGAAGAAGAAGAGAAGAAGAAGAAGAGAUAUAUUAAAAUUAAAGCCAACCCUUCUCAGCCCCUCUCCCCAUCCGAAUCGUAGCACGUUCUACGAAACCAUCGCCGGUCAACAUUGUCGCCCGUAUUCUACCAACCCACUCUCUCUAUUAGCAGCGGGAAGUACGAUGGCCUCGUUCGCUUACGUCUCCUCCUCUCGCGGCUGCUAAACGCUGGGCUUGCUUUGUUCUGUUGGGGUUGUUUUCCUUUCGCCCUGCUUCGACUCUGCUCAACCCGGGACUGUUGAAGAGGUGACCCUUUCUGAGUUUCUGUUGUUUUGCUUGGCCUAUUCAGUUUGACUUUGUAAGAUAAUAAGAUGUUAUUAACCAAUAUCGACCACAACCAGUGAACCACAUGAUUCUUUCGUGUUUGAUUUUUUUAAUUUCUUUAAGGCAUGUUCUAUUUUCAAUUGUUGAUGUUUCCAUGCACAGCCUGUUUGCCCAUUUCUCUAUGCAUGUACAAUGGUAUCUUGACAACAGAAGAUUAGUUUAUUCAACACAAGAAAACAGAAAAGCAGGGACAGUUAUAGAUAGACAAAGAAGAAUGAAGCCUGGUGGUCCUGAUGAUGACAGCUCCACGAAAACUCGCCAGAAUCAUGUAACUCAUAGCAGCUCUUCUCUGGGUAGCCACUACAGUGAUAGGAUUGUUGGCAUUGGACCAGAUCUGUCAAGGUCAUUUGGUCGGAUGAGCAGUAAAGGUUCUUGGAGGAGUCAUUCUCUCAGUUUGACACAUGGUGUAACACCUCAACAAACAUUUGAUGAAAUUGAAAAUGCAUCUGUGUCACAAGCGGGAGAUAUUGGUGACCGAGCGAUUUACAGCAACAGAUGCAGUGAAAGUGGUUAUGAAGUGGAUGAUCUGCCGAUACAGAUUGAGAAUGAUUUUCCUUAUGAUGCCACAUCUAAUGCAGUAUCAUCUGUAUCCCCACUUCCUUUGGAGAUUGUAUCUCCACUUUCCACGGAUGCAAUUCUGUACUCAAGUGAUAAAGAUCAAAGUAAAUCAAUGAGUCAACUUGUUCAGGAUAACAAGAUGUUAUUGCCUUUGUGGUUUGAAUAUGUUUCAUACCUUAUUCAUUUAGCUGUUUUCGGAAUUCUUGGGGUGCUGACAAGGUAUUUACUACGAGAGCUGUUUGGCCCUGAAACUGUUGAUCUAACAAGUGAUCAAUCUGUUCUCUACCAAGAUCUUCCCUCUAAUAUGGUAGGUUCUUUCUUGAUGGGAUGGCUUGGCGUUGUGUUCAAAGGGGACAUAUCUCAGGUGUCUGAUAUUUUAGCUAUUGCAUUGACAACUGGAUACUUGGGAAGCUUAACCACAUUCAGUGGUUGGAAUCAGAAAAUGCUUCAACUUUGUGUUAAAGGACAUUGGGUUCUUGCUGUUAUUGGUUUUUUCAUAGGCACAGUCCUUGUAGCUGGAUUAAUCACCUUGGGUGUUGAAACAGCAAAGGUUUUCAGAUUGCUGUUAGGGAAGCUCAGCAGCAGUUUGGGAAAUGGCAAGCCAAAAUCAAGCAAGUGGAGGGUGAACAGCUUCAAGAAGCACUUAGCAGUUCUUGUGGUUUUGGUUUUGAUGCUGAGCUUGUUGUGGGGUGUUAGUGGUUCAUUAUUGAGGAGACAAUUUGAUGAUGGUAGCAGUAGUGCUCAGCUGUGGUUUGCCUGCAUGGUUGCACCCCCAGGUGUGUGGUUGAGAUGGUACUUAGCGCGGUUGAAUGGAAGAGGGCUUGGUAAAAAGGGUUUUCUGACUUGGAUGCCUUUUGGGACUCUCAUUGCCAAUGUUGUCGCAGCUUGUGUCAUGGCCGCACUUUCGACGGUGAUGGAUGCAGUGAAUACCAAGAGGUGUGAUACUAUCGCGAACGGAAUUCAGUUUGGGUUCUUAGGGUGUCUGAGUACGGUUUCUACUUUCAUGGCCGAAUUCUAUGCUAUGAGAAACAGCAGUCACCCAUGGAGAGCAUAUGCAUAUGCAUUGACCACUCUACUUGUUUCCUUUGUCUUUGGGACUUUAAUAUACACAGUCCCCGUAUUGACAAAAGGAUACGAGUAGCAAACCCAGUCUAGCCUUUGUUCAAUAUGCUAUUGAAUCAGUGAAGGAUGGAUCCGUGUAAGCAAUAAAAACAUUCAAAAUCUAUAUUCUUCUCUCCAGAGAAGAGUUUUGAUUUGAAACUCAAAAGACAGAUUAAGAUUAGUGAGAGAUAAUGAAUAGUGACUUACAGAGUCCAACAAGAUAUAUUACAGGAGGCUCUGCUUCAUGGAGAAAAACGACCAGGCCCUCUACAGCUCCCAGUGCAAUUUGCAUUCUCCUUGCCUAUGGAAAGCAAGAAUUGGGAUAGAUUCUGAUUUGAAUUGUGUGUAGCCUGGAUUCCAAUUCCUCAAACCAUGCUUUCCCUACCCUUUUCUUCUCAUUGUAUUACAUGAAAAGGUUUUAAAACUUCAAAGUAAAAGCUAUAGUGAUUUGCGAAUCCCUCAAUCGAUUCAAGAACUAAUCCGUGAAUGAAUCUGAAUUGCUUGCUUCUAGCUCAUGCUUCAUCAGUUGGUUAAGAAUUUACAGCUCUUCAAAGAUACUUCUCCAGAGCCAUGGUGAGGUGUUAUUGGAAAUAUUACCGCAAGGAUCUGAGUAGUCGACCGCAUUAAGUUGUUCUGGUCCUUUAGAGCUGAUGAUCACUCAGUUUGAACUUAGACAAGUCCAUUUAUCCUCUACAUUUCCCAUGGGAAGCUUUGUUAAUUUUUUUAUUUAAAGAUAACGUUGACCAUAGUAUCUAUUUUUACUUGUAUUAUUCUUUUGGAUAAUAAAAUAAUUUUCAAAGACAAA